AUGGGUUUUGAGGAAGAUGAUGAAGCUGUUGAACAUGAUAGGGAAGAAGAUGAUAAUGAUGAUAUCAGGGUAGCAUUGCAAGAUGCUGCAGGUGACAUGGAUAUUGAUGUAGAUGCAUAUGAAGGUCACAUUGGAGAUCAAGAUCAUAGAAAUAAAGAAUUUUCAGGAUUAUUUACUGAAGUUGAAAGCGAGUUAUAUCCAGGGUGUACAAAGUUCUCUGCAUUGACUUUUUUGGUCAGGUUAAUGCAUAUAAAAGCUUUAAACCAUUGGAGUAACAAGUCAUUUAGUAUGUUGCUUGAACUUCUCAAGGAAGCACUUCCAGAGGGUACUAAAUUGCCAAAGUCUUACUACAAGGUAAAAUGUACACUUCAUGCACUUGGAUUAGGAUAUGAAACGAUUCAUGCUUGUAAAUGGGAUUGUGCAUUGUUUUGGAAAGAAUCAGCUGAAUUGGAUAAAUGUCCAAUAUGUGCUGAACCGAGAUACAAAUUUCAAGGUACUGAGGGGAAAAGGAUCCCUCAAAAGGUGCUUCGAUAUUUUCCUAUCACUCCAAGAUUGCAAAGAUUAUUUACAUCUCGCCAUACUGAUAUUGAUAUGAGAUGGCACAAAGAGAAGCGUCCUAACACAAAUGGAGUAUUGAGGCAUCCAGGAGAUGGAGAAGCAUGGAAGCACUUUGAUGAACAAUAUCCGAUAUUUGCUAUGGAUCCUCAUAAUGUCCGGCUAGGUGCUGCCACUGAUGGAUUUAAUCCUUUUAGUAACAUGAGUACUUCGUAUAGCAUGUGGCCAGUGAUGUUAGUGCCUUAUAACCUGUCACCUUGGAAGUGCAUGAAAGAGACUUUUUCGAUGAUCUCACUAUUAUUACCAGGCCCAACGGCACCUGGAAAAGACAUUGAUAUGUACUUACGGCCUAUGAUUGAUGAAUUGAAAGAUCUAUGGACAAAUGGUGUCACCACUUAUGACAUCUCUAAAAAGGAAAGGUUUACAAUGCAUGCAGCAGUGUUGUGGACAAUACAUGACUUUCCAGCAUAUGGAACACUUUCUGGAUGGAGUACCAAAGGAUACAAAGCAUGUCCGACUUGUAAUGAAGAUACUUCUUCCCAAACUUUAAAAAGUAAGAUUUGUUACAUGGGACAUCGUCGAUAUUUAUCCAUAAAUCAUGCAUGGAGAAAUAAUCGACAAUAUGAUGGAAAGCCUGAACGAAGGUUAGCUCCACGGCAGUUUUCAGGAGCUGAAAUAUUACAACAGUUAGAUAGGACAAUUGAGAGUAGACCGGGGAAACAUCCUAACAAUGUGGAUAAAAAAAGAAAACGUGCUGCCUUUGGAAUAAUGUUGGACAUCAAAGGUAAGUCGAAGGAUACUGACAAGGCACGUAUGGAUUUAAAGGAUCUGAAUAUUCGAAAAGAAUUGCAUUUACAAGAAACUGGCGGUAAAGUUUUGAAACCUUUGGAUGGUAAGAUAUCAGGUUUGAAAACUCAUGAUAGUCAUAUUCUUUUGCAACAACUUUUUCCCGUGGGUAUAAGACCUUACAUUAAGAAAGAGUUCACCUACCAUAUGAGGCAAAAAUGGCAGGACCAGUACAUACUUGAUGGAUGUGUCCUUUUGAAAGGUUCAAUAGCAGAGGGUUAUGUUGUCAAUGAGGCAUUAACUUAUUGUUCAAUGUACUUUCAUGGUAUUGAAACUCAAUUCAAUCGGCCAGAACAUAAUAAAGAUGGUGAGAAUCAGAUUGCUUCGACUUUGUCAGUAUUCACUCAACCUGUGAACUUGUUGGGGAAACCUCAAUUUGCUGAACUGAAAGAUGAUGAUUAUAAAAAAGCUCAUUAUGAGCACACCAAACUCAAACUAUUGCAAAACAGGGGUGUCACAAGUAUUCUGCAGGUACAAGAAAAGGAAUUUCCACAAUGGUUUGAACAAAGGAUAAAAUAUUUCAGUAGAUGUAAAUAUCCAAUGGUAACUGAUGAGUUGUACUCACUAGCAUGUGGUCCUGAUUAUGGAAUAAGAUCAUAUAGUGGAUGUGUAGUAAAUGGAGUUCGAUAUCGCACAAAAGUUCGUGAUGAUAGGCGUGUCACUCAAAAUUGUGGAAUUUGGGUUGUAGGUGAUCAUGAUGGUGAAUCUUGUGACUUUUAUGGGGUAAUAGAAGACAUUCUUGUGUUAGACUAUAGGUCCAAACACUCUGUUGUACUUUUUAGAUGUGCAUGGUUUGACACAAAUGUGAAAAAGAAAAAGAUGAUCACAGAGUUUCAAAUCACAAGCAUUAAUGUCACUUCAUAUUGGUAUAGGAACGACCCUUUUGUCCUUGCCUCACAAGCUAAACAAGUGUUUUACGUGGAUGAUUACAAGAUGGGUCAACAUUGGAAAGUGGUUCGAAAGGUGCAUCACUGUCAUCUGUGGGAUUUUCCAGACCGAUUAGAUGAAGGUGAUGAUCAUGAUGCAGAUAGUGAGGCAGAGAGUGGAGAUUAUGAAGAUGCAGAUAGUGGCCCAGAGAAUGAAGAUAAUGGGGAGUACAAUGAGGAAACCGACAAUGAUAGUGAAGAUGAGUUGUUAAGUAAUGGUGAAACCGGUGAGGAUACUGACUCAUUUGCAUAA